CAGCAGCAGCAUGGGAGGUUUCUACUCGAGUGAAAAGAUGGCCGGAGUUUUCUCAUAUGAAAGUUCAGAAAUCGACUGGUGUGAAGACAAUUAUAAACACUCUGAACAUGUAGUGGAGUACUUCAACACUGUCAGCAGCUUUUUUUUCUUCAUCAUAUCUCCCAUCAUGCUCUACCUUCUGCACCCUUACGCCAAAGAGAGGAACCUGGCGAUUCACAUGGUCUGGACCAUGAUGAUAUUUGUAGGGCUCUUCUCUGCAUACUUCCACAUGACACUCAGUUUCGUUGGCCAGAUGUUGGAUGAGCUGUCCAUUUUGUGGGUAUUGGCAGUGGGAUAUUCUGUGUGGUUCCCUCGCAGACUCUUCCCUUCUUUUAUAAAAGACAGGUCCACAUUCUCAAGCCUCGUCCUGGUGGUUACUGUCAUCUCCACACUGUCAUCAUUUGUCAAACCUACAGCCAAUGCCUACGCUUUAAACUGCUUCGGCCUCCAUAUGCUUUACGUUCUGGCUGUCGAGAUGAAAUGCUGCACUGACCAGAAGGCUCUGCGACUGGCCAAGCUGUCGGUGGCUCUGUGGGUGCUCGCCAUCUCCUGCUGGAUUAGUGACCGCUUUGGCUGCAGCUUCUGGCAGAAGCUGAACUUCUGCUACCUGCACGGUAUCUGGCACAUUCUGAUUGUGAUAGCUGUGGCGUAUGGCAGCACCCUGAUAGCUUACCUGGAUGCAAACUAUGAGAUACCAUACUCUCUGCCUGGACUACAGUACUGGCCCUGUGAUAAAUGGGCUGUUGGAUUACCUCACAUUGUCCUCAAGGGUACAACCAAAACACGGAAACGGUGCUAACAAAGUUAAAGUUGUAUGUUAGAACAUUUCUAUUGUUAAAUUCCAUUAGUGCGGAAUUGAAAGCCAUCACAGCACAUUAAUCUAGUGACCUUUAUUCAGCAGCACCUUCUGUGAUCUGAAAGGUCAUCAAAAUAAAAAUAAGGUAUCUGACCUGAUUAAUCCCAAAUUGAAUUUCCCCUUUAAUUCACAGGCAAACACAAGACAUAAAUUAAAUCUAAGUAAAGAUUGUUUUCUGACCCAGUCAAAAGAUUGUUUACACAGUGGAUGAAUUAUGAAUGGGCCUACUGGACACAGGUUUAAAGGCCAAAGGGGUCAUGACGUCAUAACUCUUAGCUGUACUAUCAAUUUGGCAAUAAACAACUUAACUUAUGGUCCAGAAGGCAUUUCGGCUGUUCUCUUUAAACGGAUAUCUGCAUAUGAAGGCAGAUACAUUUUAAAAAGAGCUAAUAAAAAGCUUAAUUGUUGUCAGAUGAUAGCUGACGGGUUGCAAGAUUGCAUUUUGGCCAAGGCAUUCUGCCUCUUUUGCUUUUCACAUGGAAUGUUUACUUGUAUGCAACCAAGUCCUCUCAAAUGUGAUUGGUCAAUACUACUCGGACUACAAAUGACUACAAAUGGCAUACAAAAUCCCGUUGGCAACAGAUUCUGCAUUCAUAUAGGCCUACAGAUAACUGUUUAUAGAGACUAAUUGUUUUAUAAACCAUCUAUGUUUUCAACCAAUAAUGACUGUAGACAGAGAGCUAAUACAAACGUAUAGUUUUUAAAUAUAUAAAUUAUUUAUAUGGUCACACUGAUGACUGAAUUUUUAUGGUAUAGAUGUAUAUUUAUAACAGAAAAAAAUGCAGAACAUUAUAUAAUAUUUCUAUAAUUGUAAUGAGUGUUUUGAAUGGAAACAUAAAAUAAAAAAAACAAAUACUGUUGGAAACAAAGCUGAAGGGGGCAGUUGGUGUUUAGAGUUGACUGAUGUUGAACUUCUGUGUGUAUAAUGAGAUUUAGUUUGAUUUUUAGACAUUUAUUUAAGAUUUUAAGGAGAUGAUUGUCAUAUAUUAGCGUUUGAACCUUGAAUGUUUUACAAAAUGUCAAUAGGCACCCCGAAUGACUGAGAAAAUGAGAUAAGUGUAUGUAUGUCUUGUAAGUUAUGUGUGUAAAUAUAAAUAAAUUGAUCUUGUUUAUUUUCAAAUGCAGUUUACAUGGAGUUUUAAAAUACCUCUGCGCAUGGUGUUUUCACAGACUUUAGUUUGAGCUGCAAAACUUUUUUUUUGAGUUUUUAUAAUUUUUUUAAAAAAUUUUAAUUAAAAGUGAAUUAA